AUGCCAGUACACAGAAAGCGCCGCCUUGCAAAUAACCUCGGAGACUACUCCAAGAAGAAAAAACUGCAGAACAGCACACCUGAGUCUCAGCAUCCCAUCCUUUCUACCAAGAUCCUGCCUGCCUUUCCUGCCAGAAACCAGCCUGAUCCCACUGAAGAUGACCUCACCACUUCCAGCAGCUCUGAAAUUGGUGAUUUCGAUAUUGACCUGGAAAGCGGUAGUUGGAGCGAGUCUGAUGUUGAGGAUUUGGAUGAAAGCUGCAAUGGCACCUCUUACUCAAGCCUCCCACUGGCUGCGGGCAUAUCUAGGGCUGAAGAUGUCCUAUCAGAACUGAUGAAUAAAUGCGGUGCAAUCCCUGGAAACAAAGUCCGAUAUGCCGGAACAAUGAUCAACGGCACUCCAUCAGAAUGUACCCGACGUCGCCAUGCAGCCAAACAGAGGGCUAUUAAAAGAGAAGUUCAAGAGAUGAUCAAUAAAACCUUGGUUGACCAAAAAAAAAGGACCUUACAAGACUUUUUCCCCCAUUUCCGUGCAUCCGACUCCAACCCCACCCCCAUUCCUGGGCCCUGUGAUCCAAUCGUUGUCAGUGACUCCGAUGUGAGCGGUUCUGUUAGUUCUGAUAUGAAUGAUGCAUCAGAAGUGACACACACCAGUCCCCCAUGUCCAAACUGGCGACAUGUUAUAGGAAUGGACCUAGAAUCUUAUGGUCCAUGA